AUGCCACAUUCACAUACCAGAAAAAUAUUAUACAGGUUCAGAAGAGAAAAGACGAUAGAGGAGAAGAAGGAGAAGAAGGAGAAGAAGGAGAAGAAGGAGAAGAGAAUGAAGAUGGUGGACGAUAUGACCAAUUAUCGAUCGAAUAUCUGGGUUGCAGGGCAGCAGGUAGUCGUAUCUGUGCAGGUCAAAUGCAAUUUAGUGGAGGACGACACAGUACAUCACGAACGACGAGCGAACGAACGAACGACUGAACGAGCGAACGCACGAUCGAUCGACCAGCUGGGUUGCAGGGCAGCAAGUAGUCGUACUUGUGCAGGUCAAGUGCAAUUUGGCGGAGGACGACACGAAAACGAGCGAGCGAACGAACGAACGAACGAACGAACGACGACGAGCGAACGAAUGACGAGCGAACGAACGACGAGCGAACGAGCGACGACGAGCGAACGAGUUACGACGAGCGAACGAGUUACGACGAGCGAGCGAACGAUCGACCAGCUUGGUUGCAGGGCAGCAAGUAGUCGUACUUGUGCAGGUCAAAUGCAAUCUGGUGGAGGACGACACGAAAAACGAACGACCGAAAAAUGA